GUUUUACUAACGAUGUCGAAAUUCUGCCGCGAAUGCGGGGCACCGCUGCAUGGUCGGCGGUUCUGCUCGCAAUGUGGCGUCCCAGCCGUGGCAUCAUCCUCUGAUAUACCGACGGUAGUCUCCGCGACGUCGUACACUGCUCCGCCCACGCAUCUGGCACCACCCUCUCCCAGAACGAACAAGAAGCGAUCGGGGUCCGUUGAUGUUCCAGACAUGGCGACUGGCGACGAAGCCACGUCCAUUUACAAACGUGUGGUUGCCACCGUUCGCGGCACCCACUUCGGCGAGCAUGCAGAUGAUACUGUGAAAGCGUUCAAGAAGGACUGCAAGCAGUAUGGUUCCGGGGGCAUUUCCGCUGAGGUAUUCGAGGCGAACCUUCGAGUAUACCUUGGUGACUUCAUGAUGGACACGAUGAUGCCACAACUGGUUCGACUCAUCCCAGAUGAUGAGAAGCGAGCAGAACUCCUUGCAGUCUACCGCGACAACGCCAAAUCGAAAGCCCCCAAGUCUCGGCCCGCCACCAUUGGGUCAACGUCGGAGCGGCAGAUGUCGCUGGCGUCUCGCCCGUCAUGGACUCCUAAGCCUGAGGACGUGGACGCUCCGUUGGCCGAACGAAGCGGCAAUACAGGCAGCAUCAAGUCGGUCUUCAAAAAGUUAUCUGGGCCGAGCAUAUACGGCAAGCACGCGAUUUGUGAGAUGUGUACAACCAAAUUCGAUUUACGCAACAGGCGGCACCAUUGCCGCAAGUGCGGCAAAGCCGUGUGUCAAUCUUGUUCGCCUGCGUAUAUGCUGAUCCCCGAGGGCUUCCAGCACGAAGGCGCCAAAGGGUACGAUGUCGCCGUGCCACAACGUGUGUGCACACUGUGCGCGCCAAUCUUGCAGCCCCUCCAGGCACGCCUCGAAGCAACGUUCGCCAACUGCCACCAAGGCGGUCCCCCUCAGUCGUCGCCUGAAGCCUUACCAACGGAUCGUGGCUGGUUCAAGUCCCUUCCGGUCCACCAGUCACUUGCCAACGAAUGUGAAGCCGCCCGCGAUAUGCUCCGACAGUUCUUCCUCACGUCGCCGGCGGAAAAGCGCAUUCCCGUCGCGUUCCUCGAACGGGCACACGGUCUCGCGUUUCUCACCGUUGUCAAAGCGGGAUUGCUCGUGACGGCCAAGAUGGGUUCUGGCAUUGUAGUCGCCCGCCUGGGCGACAACUCGUGGUCCGCGCCAUCGGCCAUCGGGACCGCCGGCAUCGGCGGGGGACUCGAAGGUGGUGGCGAAGUCGUGCAGGUUUUGCUCAUUCUUUCGUCAGCGCAAGCUGUGUCAGUCUUCUUCCAGACCCAACUGACGCUCGGCGCUGGACUCGACUUGGCGGUAGGUCCAUACGGCCGAUCCGCUCUCGCUCAGGCAGCUAUGGGCAAAGGCAACGGCGGCCUUGGGGUGAACUACAGCUAUAGCCACAGCCGCGGGUUUUUCGCUGGUAUUUCAUUGCACGGUGCCGUCAUCAGGUGCCGCGAAGAUGCGAAUCGAGCGUUCUAUGGCCGCCACGUCACCCCCUCGGAGAUUUUGACUGGCGCUGUCCCGCCACCUCGCGCGGCGCACGGUGUGUAUGAAGCAAUCGGCGAUGCCAUGCUCUUGUGCGAAGAAUACCGUGCUGAAGAGGCCAAGCCGCGUGUGGCGUCGUGCGUCACGUCAGGCUGCCCCUGUGAAAAGUUCCGGGCAAGGUCGUACUCGACCAUGUGCGCGAACUGCGGCCAUUCCCAUCAACUGUGACGCAACCAUUGCCCUUACAACCAACCCUUGGCAAACAGCGUAAAAUUGAAAUAUAUCAACGGAAUCCCUCGA